AUGUCCGAUCAAAAGCAGGAACUACAUGAGAUGAACCAUGUAGGCACCACUGGUGACAAGAAGGAUUUGGAGAGUAUCGAGAGUUUAGAGUCUGAGCAACACAAACCUCUCACUAGGCGCGAGAUUCAAGGAUGGCUUGCGUAUGCUGUUGCUGCCGAGCCUUAUAGCGUCGUCUGUAUUUCAACCCUUGCGCCUAUUGUACUUGAGGCUCUUGCUAGCGGCAAUGGACGUCAAUUCGAUAACAGAGACCUGCCUUGUGAUACGUGCGUUGUAAAGAUUGGAUCGAUAUGGCUAGACACAGCAUCCUUUUCGCUUUAUUGUAUUUCGGUCUCAGUAUUCUUGCAAGCAGUUGUUUUUAUCAGUAUGGGUGCAUUAGCUGAUCACGGCAACCGGCGCAAGUCCUUCUUGAUGACGUUCGCAUUCAUUGGAUCCAUCGCAACUAUCCUUUUUGCUGUUAUCCGCACUGCCAGUUUGUAUUGGUUUGCGGGAAUAUUGGUGAUCAUCUCCAACGUGGCAUUUGGCGCAAGUUGGGUCUUGUAUUAUGCAUUUAUCCCCACUCUAACCCGUGAUCAUCCCGAAGUCAUUGAUGUCAAAAGAGGACUCGCCACCAAAACUGGAGUAGAAGCAGAAGUAGAAGCAGAAGCAGAAGCAACAAAGACUUUAUCGGAUUAUUAUUUCAUUCAAGACAAGGUCUCCAAUUCCUUAUCAUCUCAUUCAAUGGCCAUUGGAUAUGCUGCAGGUGUGACAAUGUUGAUCAUUGCAGCCGGUAUUGCAGUCGCAAUGGGUCAGACGACCUAUUCGAUGCAGGUCGGCAUGGCUUUGACAGGACUCUGGUGGUUUGCGGUCUCGUUCUUCACUCUCAAAUACAUGGCCCCUCAGCCUGGUGAGCCUCUGCCAGGCAAUGUCAACCUAUUCUUUUAUUCUUGGAGACGUCUUGGAAAGACGUUGACAGAAGCUCGCUUGCUCAAGGAGACAUUCAAAUAUCUCGUUUCAUGGUUCAUUCUCUCGGAUGGCAACUCCACUAUCGUCUCCUUAGCCAUCUUCCUCGGCAAAAAGAAAUUCUUGCUCACCAACACUCAACUGAUGAUUGGAGCCAUUCUGGUUCCGUUUUCGGCCUUGAUUGGAACCUAUGCUUGGUUAUGGAUCCAACGUCGGAUGAAUUUGACAUCGAAACAAAUGCUCUUGAUCAUCUCUGCAGCCUUCGCUAUGGUCCCUGUAUAUUGCCUCAUUGGCUUCUCUAACAGCUUCGGGCUCGUUCACAAGGUCGAGAUCUGGCCCUGUCUUGUUUAUUUCGGUUUGAUGUUGGGAGCCUUCCAAAGUUUCUCUAGAGUCAUGUAUGCGGCUCUGAUCCCCAAGGGCAAAGAAUCGGAAUUCUUUUCGUUAUAUGGUAUCACAGACAAAUCCUCUUCUUGGUUAGGACCCUUGAUCACGGGUGCGAUCAUCGAAAACAAUGAUACUCGUUGGGGCUUCGUCUUCCCUCUAGUCAUGAUGGUCUUUCCCUUGAUCUUGCUCCUUUGGAUCGAUGUUGACAAGGGUAUUCAGGAUGCGGAACGCUUCAGUAAAGAGCAUACAGAUGCCAAGGAUGGAUUGUAA